UGGGGGUUAGGGGCUUUCAUCUGUUACCCACGAGCUAUCCUCACAUGUUUACCCACAAAACAUUACAGGUUUAUUGGGAAUAUCUCCCUUAUCAUUCACGGGAGAUAAUAGUGAUAAAUAUGUAACCCCAUGAAGCAGGAGGGUUCUUCAUGGCAAAAACAUUGUUUACUUUUGGGGGCUAAGUGUCAUUACUCCUAAAUACAAUAGGAGUUGUCUGUGAAUUAAGCUUUAAUUUUCGCUAAGCAGAACUGCAAGGCAUUUUGUCGCAAGCGACGGAGCGGCGGAAGGUGAAACUCGGACGAGCUCUCGUCUCCAUCGUAGCCGUAGCCAUUAGGAUUUGGACCUGUAGUAGAUCUGUUUGCUUCCAUAACUUGAAUUUGCAGACGAAGUUCCUCCUAUCUAUUAGGGUUCAUAGUUAUAAUAUCAGGAAAAAGCUUUGAUUCGCAGCCAUGACUGAGUACUGGGUUAGUCAGGGUAAUAAAUGGUGCGACUUUUGCAAGAUUUACAUAGCCAACAAUCCUAUGAGCAUUAGAACUCAUGAGCUUGGUCAGCGUCACAAGGAUAAUGUUGCCAAGAGACUUGCUUCUAUGAGAAAGGAGAAUGCUGCUAAGGAGAAGGAGCAGAAGGAAGCAGCCCGUGCCCUUGAACAAAUUGAAGCAAAAGCUAGGCGCAGCUAUCAGAAAGAUUUAGCUGUUUUUCGAGAGUCCAGGGAGUCUAGUGCCCAUGCUAUAGAAUCUCAUGAGAGUCCAGAGACAACUAAAUGUUCUGUGGCUUCUAGUGAUGGGUGGGAGUAUGAUAGUUCUUUGGGUUAUUAUUACAACCAAGCGACUGGCUAUUACUAUGACUCAAACUCCGGCUUUUACUAUUCGGAUGCUAUAGGCAAAUGGGUGACACAGGAAGAGGCAUUCAACAAACAUGUUUCAUCGAUAACCAAACAAAAAGAGCCUGUUUCAACAAAGCCACCGUCAGUGGAUGGGCCUGUUGCACAAGAUAAAGGUGUGAAACUUCACAGUGGGCCUCCACCAGGGUUGGUUGUUUCAGCAUCUAUAAACCCCAUGAGAUCCGUUAAAGGUGCCACCUCAUCAAUAGCUGUCAACAAGAGAAAAAGAGAAGAUGAGAAGCCAAAGGUUGUGUCUAAGGAGGAAGAAGCUGCACUUAAAGCAAGGGAAGCUGCAAGAAAACGAAUGGAAGAGAGAGAGAAGCCUCUGCUUGGCCUUUACAAGUCAUACUGACAAUUAGAAAUGCAACCGUUUCAGUCAAAUGCUUGUUGAGGAGGUAUGCUUUUAAAAUAUUUUCCUUCCAAUUCUCUUGCAAGUUAAAUUGGUAUGUCUUUCUCGAUGUGAAAGUUGCGAUAUGAAUAAAGAAAAUUGAUAGGGUAGGAUUUCUUUAUCCAUCCAUGAACACACUCCCCUUAAAGAAAAAAAAAACAGUAUUACUAUUUUUCUCUGGCAUCAUGAAGAAAACAGUUCCUAGUAUUAUUUCUAUUUUUUUCCCUGUACUUAUUGCUUGAACAUACUCCCUUUAGGCUGUGUUUGGUUUGAUAGGUAGGAAACUUUUACAAACUUUGUAUAGGAUUCCCCUGCCUUUCCCUACUUUUUCUUUCAAACCAAACACAACGUUAAAGUAAAAAUAUUACUGUUUUUCUCUCACAUCAUAAAGAUACAUUUCCGAGUAUUAUUUCCA